AUGGGUCAGGUGCCCGACCAGUACUUUCUGCCAGACCUCCAAAACAACAGCAAAAUGUUUCCUAAAGACUUACAAUACGGUCAAAUGGAGUCGGCGUUUGACUCGUUCAACCUAACGGUGUAUAAUCAGAGCUAUAGUGGACUCGAUAUACACAUACCGGAGCCGGCGGUCCACUUCAUGGCUCAGAUUAAGACCUCGACGUUCAUUGAGUGUAACUACGAAAUGGCUGUCAAUUUUCAUCGACAAUACAAAAAGAAGUAUACGGAGGGCCCGAAUAAGGACAGUCAGGUCAAGGAUGCCCUGCAAGCGCUUAACCACAUGGCCAGAUCCCUGGGCAGUAUACCUAUCUAUAUAUCCAGUGGUACACUGCUGGGCUGGUAUAGGCAGUGUGGAGUCAUACCAUAUACCUCAGACCUGGACACUGCUACCUGGGCUAUGUAUGCGUCCAAUGAAGCGACGGACAGGUGGCUUAACAACGACGUGGGAUUCCGGUUGGCAUAUAUCUAUGGAUUGAUAGAGAAUGGCUAUCAGUAUGCCUUCUACUCGAGGUAUAACCUCAGGGUAGAUGUGUUUUAUACGUAUAGGGAGUUACCGAACCUGACAUAUACUGGCCAUAAGCCCAGUCAGAAGUUGUAUUUCCGGUACUGGUAUCCGUAUUUUGAGUUAUGCUCAGCUGAGUUGGUGGGAUUAAAGGUACAGGUGCCCUGCACUCCAGAAUCCGUGGUUAGCGCAGAAUAUGGUCCAAAUUUUUAUACACCAGUAUCAGACUGGAAUUAUAUGGCAUCGGCGUAUAAUACCGGCCCCCAUAGGUACUGGGCUAAUGAUGAGGAGGCCAAGAGGGCUUACAGAGACGGGAAGUACGGCAAAGUGAUAGCACUGUUAGUUUGCUUGACACUAUUAUUCAUACUAUUGGCGUAUCAUAUGGUAAGCUAUGGCUGGGAAUCGCAAUAUCGGAUACCGGGUAGACAUCAGGCUAGUCAUGGAUUCACUAAUAGGGUCAGUGGACACGAGACAUAUGCUGCGGAAGUGGUUAUGUUUGACACUUCAGACCUUUGGUUCACUGAACACGCCAUGGAUUUCAUGCAAAUUGUCGAUGACUUCAAACUCCGGGUCUUUCUCAUUGAACCCAUUAUAUUGUAUCUAAUGAUUGAUUGGAAGCACAAGAAGUUACUGGAUGUCAGGGAUCUAUUGCCCGACCAUUUGAUGGACGAUAUAAUGGGCAGUAAAUUGUAUUGCCUUUCGUUUGGAGUCUUUAUGAAUGAAUUUGGAUUUCAACAUAAAUUACAUCAAGAGUUGACUAAACGAUCGUUCAAUAUAUCAAUGAUCGAUGGAUUAGAUGGCAGUCAAAGACAUUUCGCCACAGAUGUCACACAAAUGGAUGAAACAGUUUUGCAUUUGUUUUAUACGAAAGACGACGAAUGCAUUCAGAUAUCAGUGUUUCAUAAACGCAAUGACUUUCUAUGGGUGGGAGAGAUACCUGUCCAUCGAAACGAAAGCUAUAACUUUAUGGAUAUUUUUUACGGCAAACAUGAGUCGGCUUUUGAUUCAUUUGGUUUACAAUCCGUGAAAGUCGUGAGAAAUAUAAAACUUUUAAUACCCGAUAGAGUCGUUCACUUUAUAUCGCAAUACAAGUCAUCGAAAUUCAUUGAAUGUGACUAUAGUUUAGCCAAAAGUAUGACCAAAAUCUAUCCGAAAUCCGAAUCAAUGGACCGUAAAGUGAGGGAAUCGUUGAUAGCAUUGAAAAUGUUUACAUCAAAACACUUGACACCCUUUUUCAUAACGGGUGGCACUCUAUUGGGUUGGUAUGGACACUGUGGGGUCAUUCCCUACACCACAGACGUGGACACCGGGAUGUGGUCUACAUAUGCCAGCCCUCAGCUCAUCGAUACAUUCAUCCGCAACACAAAUGACUUUAAA